CCCGCCCCGUCACGCGGAGCGCCACGCGGCCGCCGGCUUCCCUGGCCGGUUCAGUAUCCUCACGCGGCGGCGCUGCGGCCGGGUCUCGCGGAGGUGGGGCAGGGACUCGGGGAAGCAUGGAUCCUGAUGGCUCUGAACAAGAUCCUGAAAUGAAGGAGCAAUAUGCUUCUGUCUAUGUGGGUAGAGAAGAAGACAUUAAAAGAUCUGAAAGAAUAACAGCUGUUGUCCAUGACAGAGAAGUGGUAAUUUUCUACCACAAAGGAGAAUUUCAUGCUAUGGAUAUUCGCUGUUACCACUCAGGAGGACCUUUACAUUUGGGAGAAAUAGAGGAAUUUGAUGGACGAGCAUGUAUAGUUUGCCCCUGGCAUAAGUAUAAAAUUACUUUGGAAACAGGAGAAGGACUGUAUCAGUCUAUAGAUCCUAAAGACCCAUCAGCAAAACCCAUGUGGUGCUCCAAAGGGAUAAAGCAAAGGAUUCACACAGUGACAGUGGACAAUGGGAAUAUUUAUGUGACUCUUUCUAAUAAGCCUUUUAAGUGUGACUCUGACUAUUAUGCUACUGGAAUCUUCAAAGUAAUUCCAAGUUCCUUCUGAUAAAACUUCAUGGCAAUGAAAAAUGUUGUGUAUGUUUUGAAAGUAUUUUUAGAAUAACCUUGCUGAGUACCAAAGAUGACUAACUUUUUCCAACACAAGCACAUUUAUCAUCUUUAACAGUCAUAUUUAUG